AGCAUGGCACAACCCCCACGGCAUGCUGCCAUGCUCUCCAUUAGCAACAGCAACUCCAACCCCGCCACCACCGACAAACCCCAACCGACGCAGCAGAUCCAGACCAUCGCGCAAACAUCUCCGGGGCUGCGCGUCCCCUCCAACCGCAAGACCAUCUACGAUAGACACCUCAACCGCAGCCGAAAUGCCGAAUCCAGCCGCGCCAGCUUCGCCUUCCUCUUCGCGGAGAUGGUCACUUACGCUCAGAGACGGGUUACGGGGAUUCAGGAUCUAGAGAAACGCCUCAACGAACAAGGCUACCCCCUCGGCCUCCGCCUCCUCGACCUCCUCUUCUACCGCACGAUGUCAAGCUCCACGUCCUCGUCGCUCUCCAGCUCCUCGACCUCCGCGUCGCCGCCGAACCGCCCCCUCCGCGUCCUCCCCCUGCUGCACCUCAUCCACGGCCCGCUGUGGCGCCUCCUCUUCAACCGCCCCGCCGACGCCCUCGAACACUCCGUCUCCCCCGACACGCCGAACGAGUACAUGAUCACCGACAACGACCCCCUCGUGAACACGUACAUCAGCGUCCCGAAGGAGAUGAACCAGCUGAAUUGCGCAGCCUUCGUGGCCGGCAUCAUCGAGGGUGUCUGUGAUGGGUGCGGCUUCGAGGCUAAGGUCACGGCUCAUAAUCAGCCGACGGAGAUGUGGCCGAGUCGGACGAUCUUCUUGUUGCGGUUCGGGGAAAGUGUGAUGGAGAGGGAGAAGGUGUUGGAGAGGGCGGGGGUCAAAUAA